CUCAAGCGCGACUGUACAUCUGUCAAUCUAUCUCUUUGCCCCGCCUGUCAACACAUUGACUCAGUGACGGUGCCGACUCAAAGACUUUUUCUCUAGCCAUGUCUUCCCCACGACCCAGCUCUCCCGUCAACGCGCCCGUGGGCUCAUCCACUGCUCGUCCAGCUUCGCCUACCCCUCCUGGUGGUCCCAAGACUGCUAUUCGCAGAAAAGCCGCCGCAGACAGAGCUGAUAAAGUUGCCAAUGCGCGGCCAAGCAGCACUCGUGCCGCUGGUGCUGGUGGUAGCAGCAGCACAAUGUUGAAGCUGUACACGGAUGAGUCUCCUGGCCUGAAGGUUGACCCCUUUGUCGUUCUCAUGCUGUCUGUUGGUUUCAUCGUUAGCGUUAUUGCUCUGCAUGUGAUUGCCAAGGUUUCUCGUAAAUUCUCGUCAUAAAGUGCAUCACUCGGUUCGAGACAGGAUGAAGGGGCGGUUGAUUAUAUCCAGAUGUCAAAGACAAGCUUUUUGCGGACGAACUGCCGAUUGCAUUAUUUGAUAUAUUGUUUUGACGGUUGCAUUGAGGCUCUGUACAAUAAAUGCUUGUGUAUGGCGCUAGAGGGCCGUUUCUUUGGCUCAUAAAAUGUUUUAAUUUCUUCAUUUUUUUGGCAUGAGUCCAUUCCAUAUCUUGAAGAAUCAAUCCGGUAUUCAGGGCUACCAAUUCAAUCGUUGGAUAUGCAGUAUCA